CAGACUUUGAUUUCAAGAUGAUGGUGAACAAAUUAACAGAAACCCUGAAUACUAUUCUAAAGAAAAGAAUAAAAUCUGAUGAAAGAACUUCAGAAACAGACGCAGAAGAAAGAAUUCCAGAGCUUGACGAAGACAAUAGUUCAGAUAUUUUCAAGUCAACAGAAAUAGCAAAACCAGUUAUGCAACAAAAAGUCAACGGCAGAACACCAGACAUUAUUGAGUCAACAUUGAUCCCCCAGCCAAAAACUGAAGAUAAACGUGCAGAGAUUACAGGAACUUUCUAUGAUAUUGGAUGCGGAAUACAAAUUUAUUCAUCAACGGAUGUCUCCAGCAUAUUUCAAGCAAAACGAUGGAGAUCUGACGAUUUUCAACGUUUUUACAAACCAGAUGCUGCGUUAACCAACUACAAAUUUGAGACAGAUUUUUUCCAUAUUGAGCCAAAAGAUCCAAAAGCUAAUCGGAGUUUUCCGAAGGAUAGUUCUGGAAUGAUUACUGUGAGAGUUAAGCUUCCAAACGAGAUAAAUUAUCAGUUUCUGCAUUUGAAGGCCUACAUUAAAUUUGGACCAAAGUGGAGUUUAGUUGAGGCUUCGUUAAAGGAGAAAUUAGUGACCUUUCACACAGUCAAACUAGAUGCACUCUGUAUUGUAUCCAAUCCAAUAAAAGAACGGGUGAAUAUUUUACCAACUGGUUACAAGUAUAUUGCCCAAACUGACAAGAGGAUUCAAAUUACUUUCCCUCCUGGUGCUGUCCAGAGAGAAGAAUCAAUAUGUUUACACGUUAUUCCUGUGAAUAAAGAGAUUUUGAGAAGACAGUAUGAAGAACGGAGUAAGAAAGGAGAAGCAAUUCUGGCAAUCUCUGAUUGUUUGUACACAUCUGGAAAUACACCAUUGAAAAAGAAGGUUCAAGUCAAACUACCACUCAACGAUAUAAGAAACCCAUACGAGACAGAUGAAGAUUAUGUUUACCGCCUAUUUAGACAGAACACCAAUGGUCAGUUUACAUUAACAGAUAACGUGGUCACCGUUGAUGAAAACCAUACUGCAGUCUUUGAAACGGAUAAGAUUUCUGGAACUAGUGUUUCUUUGAUUGGAAAGGAAGAACUGAAGAAAGGCCCUCUAAAAUUAUCAGGAACAAUCGAGGAAAUGCAUGGUCAUACGUCAAUUUGUAAAAUUCUAUUCUUUGUAAACGAUGUGACAUCACGUGGCCUCACUGUUUUGCUGGCAUGCAUUGAAAAAUCAAAGAUGCAAGCGUUUUGCCAAAGUUGCGAAGAUAGGGGUUUUCAUCUGUUCAAGAACUGGAUAAGCAAAGAUUUUGUCUUCAAACCACAAAUUAAAAUUGAUAUCAAUUUGAAAGGGUGUUUUGGCUUGCCACGCUUUACAUCAAGGAAAAGAUUAGACCUGACAUUUUUACCUAACUCCGCGGAAAAUUUUACCCGAUUCGUAGUCGAAAUUAAACACAAGAUUGAUCAAGAUGUUUAUGGACUUUUGUUACUCACCAAAGAUCAAGAAAUAAUCGAUGAAAUAAGCUAUAAUACAUUGAGCACCAAAGAAUACGCAAAUGCAACUCUACUGAAAGGACACAAUACUCCUGACCGACGAGCUAGAACGGCACGACCUGAUCAAAUGACGUCCCCGAAGGGAAAAAGUUACAUUAGCAGACAACCAACCUUGUCAGUUCGCCAAUGCAGUGAAGAUGAUUUCCUGACAGAAAAAGGUAUAAUGGCUAUAGGAAAGCUUCUUAAUGCAGACAAAAUGUUUGAAACUGUUCUUCAUCUAGAUAUGAAACAGGUUCAAUAUGACCAGAUUUGUGAAAAAGUACCAUCAAGUAACAGGCAAGCUUUCACAUUGCUAAAGACUGCUCUCGAUCAACUGAAGAACAACAAGGUUGAUAAGUUAUUAUCUGCCCUUGAAAGUGUUGGCGAAGGCGGAUUAGCUGAAAGUAUUCGCCAAUUAUACAAAGACAGAAAAGAGUUGUCCCAAAUACAGAUGAUACAUUAAGGUGGUACCUAACACUACAGGGAGAUAACUCUGUAAAAUCAAAAGAACGUUUUAAUGACGUUGUGUUCUUAAGGGAAUAUUAAGCUUCUCAAUGAUCAAAAUAAGUGUUUGUCAAGCUGCUAUAUAACCAGUGUAAUUUUUCUGACUAAACGGUUGGUUCAAAUCUUUUGAAAUUUUGAUAUUUUUGUCAAAGGGUCAAGGUAAAUACUUUGUUAAAAUUUUAAGAAAAUUAAACGAGCCAAAUUAAUUUUAGUUAAAGUGUUAGGUAUCACCCUAAUUAAUAUUUUAUUUGCCUUUCUCAAGAUUGUUCUUUAAUGACACAACUUGUCUUAUAGUGUAAUCACCAAACAGUCAUCAAAUGUACAGUUAUUUAAUCAAAGGGAUAUAUAUCUUGUGUCUGCAACGCAUUAUAAAAUUCCUUAAACGAAUGCACUGUUGUAGUGCCUGUACAUUGUAGAGCAUUUGUGCACCUCUUAUGAUGUUUUAAUUCACAUCAUUUUUGUGUUGUCUGUAAACAACUUCUGAAUGGGGAUCAUUUUGUGAGAUGUUCUACCUUUACACCCUAGACUAUUUUAAACAGCAGGAACAUGACGUGUCUGGCUUGAUAAUCGGAGGUGUUAUUCAAAGUUAUAUGCCUUUAUCCCUUCUCUCAACGUUUUGUUUUGUCUUCAAUGUUUUUGUUUACUAUUAAUCAUUCGUUUUUAUAGAGUGCUUCUCUUUUUUCAGUUUUUGUUUUAUUAAUAUUUUCGUCAUAGUAUAUAAUGAUCUCAAUGCUCUUUCAAGAGUUUUCUUUAAUUAUUUAUGUUUAUGUUACAUUUGUACAAUCAGACGUCUUCCGGUGUAAGGUCAAACGUUUGUUUUGAAGGUUAAUUACAACCAAAAUCUUUUUGAUGAAAUAAUGAACAAGUCGUGUAAGCUUAUAAUGAAAGCUUAAAAAAGAUUAAUGCAAAAUAAUCUGCUUUCGAUAUAUCGCGUUAUUUUGACAUAACUUGUUCAUUUGUUCUUUUUUUUUUUUAUAUUUUCUAUGGUUAAAAUGCUUUAACAUGUUGAAAGGUCGUAUUUUGAUUUAUAUUCGUUUAUACAUUUUUUUUGAGAGAAAAACAAAAGAGAAAAUGAGUAGACAGAAAUGCAUGUUGUUUUUUUAAUGUAUUUUAUGUUUCUUGUGUAUAUUAUGACUGUUUUAAAAUCGUCAGGGUUUUACGUUUUGAAAUAAAUUAAAAACCAGU